AUGUUUGCUAUAAUUUUUGCAAUUGGUGCAAUUAAAUCAAGAAAGAAAACAGAUAAUGAUGAAACUCCAAUAGAUCGAGUCUUGAAAGAUCAUAGACAAAGAGCAGAACGUCGUGAAAGACGUCGGGAACAAAGACGUACUCGUCAAGCACGUCAGUUUGAACAGCUGCUUCGUUCAUCAGGUACAACACAACAAACCGUUCAACAUUCUAGACGUAAUAAUCAAUCCCGCUCUAGAAAUCGUAAUGAAAGAACUUUACCUACUAAUCAAACAGAGUAUCCAGAUGAUUAUGUUCCGCCUUAUACAAUUAAUGCUAAUGAGAAUGAUAUGGGAUAUUAUGAUUCACAAGGAAACUUCCACUUUGUUGAAUUUACGCCUCCUGAAUCAUAUGUAAAAUAG